AUCUGUCAAAACAAACGUGGAAAAGUGAGGUUAUGUCAGAUUGUUUUGAUUUUCCGCCUUUGCGAAAAUCCCUUUAUUUUUGGUAGUUUAUCGCUAAAUUAACGGCAAUAAAAUGGGAAAACGGACGAAAACGCAAAAAAUUCAAAAGCAGAAACUUGCACAGCUGAAAAGAUUGAUAAAACCCCGAGAUCAUCGAUUAAAGGAGAAGGAUAAGGCGCCCCCGAAGAAGAAGAAGCCAGAUCCGUACACAAUAAAGAUCCACGAUGCCCCCCAGAUGAGUUCUGCCCUCUUCUUCCAGUACAACACCCAACUGGGGCCCCCAUAUCACAUUCUCGUCGACACGAAUUUCAUCAAUUUCAGCAUAAAAAACAAACUGGACAUCAUCAAGAGCAUGAUGGACUGUCUCAUGGCCAAGUGCAUCCCUUACGUGACGGAUUGCGUCAUGGGGGAGCUGGAGAAAAUGGGGCACAAGCACAAAGUAGCCCUUCAGAUCGUCCGGGACAGUCGUUUUGAGCGCCUCACGUGCCUCCACAAGGGCACGUAUGCUGAUGACUGCCUCGUGAAUCGUGUCACGCAGCACAAGUGCUACAUUGUUGGCACGAAUGACAAAGAUUUGCGAAAUCGCAUUCGGAAGAUUCCCGGAGUACCCGUGAUGUAUGUGGCGCAGCAUAAGUACGCCAUAGAGCGUAUGCCCGAUGCCUACGGGGUACCCAUGUGAAUCUUUUUAUUG